AUGACUGAAUUGAGAAAUAUAUCAGGGGACCUUGUAGCCGAGAGCUGGGGAUUCACAAAGAUCAGCGUCCAGAAAUUCUCCUGCAAGUGGACCAUUAGCAACUUCUGUUUCUGCUUGGAGGGAAUGUCGGAAGUCAUUGAAAGUUCCACUUUCUCACCAGGAGCCAAUGACAAAUGGUAUUUGAGAAUAUACCCGAAUGGAUCCCAUAUGGAAAGCAAAGAUUACCUCUCAGUUUACCUACAGUUGCUCAGCUCCAAAGAUUCAGUUUGGGCAAAGUUCCAGUUCUGGAUCAUAAGUGCCAAAGGAGAGAAAACACAAACUAUGAGGAGCCCAAGAGUCACUAGGUUCAGGCAAUUCUUUUUUAAUGGAUUCAAAAAGUUCAUCCUUCAAGAUUUCCUCUUGUCUCAUGCACAGCAGCUUCUUCCAGGUGACCAGCUCACCCUCCUCUGCCAGGUGAGCGUGGUCCAGAACUCGUCCUUCAACAUCUCUGAUCAGAGCAUGAAGCCAGGGAUCCAGGUUCCUAGAUGCACAUUGGCAGAUGAGCUAGGAGAGCUGUGGGAAAAUUCCCGAUUCACAGACUGCUGCCUGGUGGUAUCUGGCCAGGAAUUUCAGGCUCACAAGGCCAUCUUAGCAGCUCGCUCUCCAGUUUUCAGAGCCAUGUUUCAACAUGACAUGGGGGAGAGCAGAAAGAAUCGCGUUGAGAUCCCUGACCUGGAGCCACAAGUCUUCAAGGCAAUGAUGGGCUUCAUUUAUACCGGAAAAACACCAGACCUCGACAGCAUGGCAGAUGUUCUGCUGGCAGCUGCUGACAGGUAUGGCCUGGAGCGUUUGAAGGUCAUGUGUGAGGAUGCCCUCUGCAGGGACCUUUCUGUGGAGAAUGCUGCCCACACUCUCUCCCUGGCUGACCUCCAUAGAGCAGGGCAGCUGAAAACCCAGGCACUGGAUUUCAUUACAGCACAUGCUUCUGAGGUCUCUGAGACCUCAGGCUGGAAGAUAAUGGUGGAGUCAUAUCCCCACUUGGUGGCUGAAGCAUAUGGCUUCCUGGCUUAUUCAAGAGGCCCUCUCCUGGAGCUUCCUCUCAAUCCUCUGAAGAGAGCUUAGGACCCUGGUUAGCUCUGGCCUCCUCUUAUGUUCCAGAAGCACCAGCCAGUUGUUAUAAAUGACUCCUGGGUAGAAAGAGAUCUGUGGAGCAUUUACAGUGAAUCUGGGGAAAUGAAUCAGGGUGGCUCCUGUUUUAAUACAGCUGUAUGUAAGUUAGAAUGCUGGAGGGACAUGCUUGACUCUGCUAUACUUUAGCUAAAGUAGACAAAAUCUUACCCAAAUUAAAUAUAACAUGUGUUGUAUGAUAUUUUGUUUGUUUUCUGACAAAUAGAGCUUGCCUGGACAUCAGAGGGCAAACCUAACCACUAGAUAACAACAGAGAUCAGACAGUGGUGGCACACACCUUUAAUCCCAGCACUUGGGAGGAAGCAGGAAGAUUAGGAGUUGAAGGC